UGAUCUUUGAACUAUAAAAAGUGUUUUUUGAUCUUUCCACCCCCCUUAUUAGCGCGACUCGUUUUGACAUGUGCAAACACUUACUCCUUAGUAUAAUACUCAAUUGUUUAUUAACGUUUUUAAUUUGAGCAAUACAAAUAGUCAAAUAUUACCUCAAUCCAUCCCGUUUGUCACUGCAUACUUAAAUCCGAUAAAAAAAAAAUGAUGUUUUUAAUAAAAUAACGAAAAAAAGAAAGUAAAGAAAAGCAGUUGUGUAUAAAUAGCAGGCCAACAAUACAACCACUACCCACUUCAAACAAGAAAGCCAUUGCAUUUUGGUGAGUGUCAUUAAUGGCAUGCUUAAACAUGCAGCAGAUAAACAACGAAAAAACAAGGAGGCUACAUGGGCCCAAGAAUCUCCUUCUCAAACGAUUUCGUUGAAUCAAACCACCAUGAAAACAGUUACACAGAAGCUCCAGUCUCUUCUGAUUUCGAGUUUUCCGUUCCUUCUUUCUCUUCAAACUCUGCAGAUGGUGUUUUCUUCAAAGGCAAGCUUCCGCCAUUGAAGGAGAAGCAGGGGCUUACACUCAGAGAUGAGCUUCUUGCAGGUCAUGAUGAUGAUGAUAAUGGUGGUGGUGAUGGCGUCUUCAUCCACCAUAAGAACUCAACAGGAUGGUGGAGAGAGAAGUUUGGACUUCGAAAAACUCAAAAUGGGAAAACAACUGAUCAUAAGAAUCUUGGAGGAUUAGAGACCAUUGAUGAAGCAAAGAUCAAGCCUACCUUUUACAGUCCAAAGUACACAGGAAGCAAUCGAUACAAGUGAAUUAACCAAGAAGAAAUUAAGGAAUGAAGUAGGUUAUUAUUGAGGGUGAAGGUUUUUUUUUUUUUUUUUUUUAUUUCAUUUUUAAUUUGGUAUUUUCCAAGCUAAUUACUAUUUGGAGAAAGUAUUAGGUUUAAGAUAUUGAUGUGUGUAGAGAAGUCAUUUAACUGUUUCUUGUUUUCUGUACAAAUAUUUGCAGUUAAGGAUUCCCAUCCCUUUUGUAUCUCAAUCUUUAAUAUUACCGGAAUUAAUUAUUAUAUAAAAACUAAUCAGUAGUCAUUAAA